CGCACGUGCAAACAUUUAAAAGCUGCCCAUAGCGGCUCUCGCGCUGUUUAUGUUAGUCGCUGAGCGGAGCGGAAAGGUCCUGUCCGCGGUUGUCUUCCCCUGUAGCUGGACUGGAAAGCGGCGGAGGAGAAAAUAAAAAUGCUGCAAGCCGCCUUCGGGUGCGCAGUGGCGAACAGGUUCGGGAAUCUUCUGGACGACGAAGCUGACCCGUUCGACCUGAUCAGCGAGGUGGAGAAGGAGAAGAAGAAAAAGAAGAAGGAAGAUGAGGACAAGAAGGGCAAGCAGAAGAAACCCGGGCAGAAGGAAUCCCAGAGGAACAGACGUGUCCCGGUCGCUCCGGACCCGGUUCCAGGGCGAAUGCAGCAGGGAUGUCUGCCAUUAGUGGCGGAGGGCAGAGACAGAGCCGAGGCCCCAAAGAGCAGGAAGAGAGGAGGUGCUGCAGUCCAAGGGAGACUCAACCAAGAGGGACCGCUGGAGUUUUCAAUCCCAAAGCCAUCCUAUAACGAAGCCUCUGACUUCAGCGGCAGAGGGGAGUUCAGUGGCCGGAGAGGAGCAAGAGGCGGGGGAUACUCCAGGAACUCUGAUAACUUUUAUCAGAGAGGCAAGAGAGAUUAUGACCGGCAUGAUGGAACAGGGAUCUCUUCUGAAGAGAAGCGAGGAGGCAGAGGCCCCUGGAACUGGGGCAAUGCUGUGGAAGCUGCAAGUGAAAUGGAGGUAACCACAGAUGCUGGUGUCAAAACUGAGGAGUCACAAUCAACUCUGGAGGAGACGCCAAAUCAAGUGACUGAUGAGGACAACGAGAUGGUGGUCCAGGUUGCCAUGGAGAUGACCCUGGAUGAGUGGAAGGCCAUGCAGGAGGAGAACCGUCCCAAAGCGGAGUUCAAUAUCCGUAAAGCACAGGAUAAGAUUCCCUCCAAAGCGAAGGUCAUUCACCAGUCAAAGCACCUGGAGAGCACAAAGGAGACUGUAGAGGAGAUUGAGGAAGAAGCAAACUUCUUUCGCAGGUCCAUGAAUGACAUCACCACCAUGUUGGACAUAAACUUUGGGACUCUUGGACGGCCCAGUCGUGGGGGCCGAGGAAGAGGAGCACGAGGAGGUCAAAGCGUUCGCCCAGAACAAGCCAGACCUGUAUAUGAAAGGGAGGAUGAAAUGGCACCUAAUCCUGAUGACCCAGAGGACUUUCCCGCCCUAUCAGCAGGAAGAUGAUUGAAUUAACUUGCCGCCUUCUACUAAAUUCUUCACAUUUCUGUUCUUGAGGUUCUGUUGCACUUCUAACACUGUUCAAUAAAAGCUUUUGCAAAGUUAGCUUUCA